CACCUACCUACCUACCUACCUACCUACCUUGACUCUCCAAUGUCCUGGCAGUUUGUAGAUUGUAUGGUAUGGACAAUUUCCAUUUUGAGUGUCCAAGAUCUGCUCGAUACUUUGGGACUUCCAAACUGGCAACUACACUAGGUAUCUGCCUACCUUACGAGCUUACCUACCAGGAGAGUCAAGGGGUUGUUCUGAGGAGGAAGAUCGGUUACUGUAGCUGAUUCGAUCCACCCCUGACGCUGAACUAGAUGCACCCACGCUAGCCCGUCCCGUCCAGUCAUCAACAUUUUCUUCGAUACCUAGCCUAGGUGCCUCUCAGCUCAAGUUCACGACCACGAAGUUGAGACUCGUCUCGUCUAUUCGCUGAUACAAAUCCCAUUUACUCAUAUUCUACAGACAGUUCACUUGAGCCCGUGUCAAAGUUCAGCUCAUCGCCCGCAAUGGACUCAGCCUCGGCCCUCGCCCAGUGGCAAACGCAGCUUGCUGCCAUGCGAGCUGCCCUAGCAAAAAUUAAAUUGCCUACACCUACAGCUGAUUCCUACGGCUCCGAUAUUGAUUUCGAUGAAGAUUUUACUUCAGGAAACAGUGGUGAUGAUGUGUGGGAUUUCAUCGAUGACAGCGAGGAGGAUGUGUGGAGUAGCGAUGCCCACGACCUUCCAGACGCCGAAGCUCACGGGCCUCACUGGUUGCAAGCAAAAUGUGCGGAAUUUGCAUCAAGGAAGCAAGGACUCUCGGGCGAUGAUCUCCAGGAACAGAUCAGCGCUCUUUUGGCUUCCGACAGUGCCGAAGAAGAACUCCAAUCUACGUUGACUGAUAUUAUUGGUUUCGAUGACCUUGAUUUUGUCAUCGAACUGAUUUCUCACCGCAAGGAAAUCACCAAGCCCGCCCCAUCGAUUCGUGGCGCUGCAGCCACGGAUGGUCUCUUUGCUGGAAAGCUCCAGACCAGGCGUGAGCGAGAAGAGGCACUGAGACAGCGGGACUACGAGCACAAGAAUGCUCAACUUGGCCCUGCUUUGAAUCGAGAUGGACCAGUGUACCCACACGUCUAUACCACUCAUGUCGCUGGUAAUAAACUUGACUCAAAGGGUCGACAGUAUGCAUUACCAGUGGGUCAUACUAGGAAAGAGGAGCGAUUCUACGAGGAAUACACUAUUCCUGCUGGGAAAGUUGGCACUCUCGGUCAAGGAAGGAAGCUUGUAGAAAUAUCGGAAAUGGAUGGGCUCUGUCGAAACACCUUCAGAGGCUACAAGACCUUGAAUCGAAUGCAGAGUCUUGUCUAUCCAGUUGCAUACCAAACGAGCGAGAAUAUGUUGAUUUGUGCUCCUACUGGUGCUGGUAAAACUGACGCUGCCAUGCUGACAGUACUACAUGAGAUAGGGCAGAAUAUCACUCCAAGCCCUGCUGAGCAACCUGAGGCAACUGACUUUGCCGUCAACCUCAAGGACUUCAAAAUUGUUUAUGUCGCACCCAUGAAGGCUCUUGCGGCUGAAAUCACUCAAAAGCUUGGUAGUCGACUCGCGUGGCUCGGUAUUCAGGUUCGCGAAUUCACUGGAGACAUGCAUCUCACCAAGAGUGAGAUCGUAGCUACCCAAAUCAUCGUCACUACGCCAGAGAAAUGGGAUGUAGUGACUCGAAAAGGAACUGGCGAUACUGAGCUGGUGCAGAAAGUUCGUCUGCUGAUUAUCGAUGAAGUUCACAUGCUUCACGAUGAUCGUGGUGCUGUUCUAGAGUCUCUUGUUGCCCGAACCGAGCGUCAGGUAGAAAGUACCCAGUCUCUCAUCCGUAUUGUCGGCCUCUCCGCCACUCUCCCUAAUUAUGUUGAUGUUGCAGACUUCCUCAAAGUUAACCGCCAUGCCGGGUUGUUCUACUUUGAUGCCAGUUUCAGACCGGUUCCACUUGAGCAGCAUUUUAUUGGAGUAAAAGGUAAAGCUGGUACCCGAACAUCCAGGGAUAACAUCGACACCACUGCGUUCGAAAAGGUACAGGACAUGUUAGAACAAGAUCAUCAGGUGAUGGUCUUCGUUCACUCCAGGAAGGACACGUCUGGUACGGCAAAGAUGUUAUACGAAAAAGCCAUCGACCAGGCUUGCACCCACCUUUUUGAUCCAAUGGAGCAUCCUGGAUAUUCGGCCGCUAUCAAGGAAGCAGCUCGCUCCAAGGGACGAGAGAUCCGUGAGCUCUUGCCCAAGGGCAUCGGAAUUCAUCAUGCAGGAAUGGCCCGAUCUGACCGAAAUCUCAUGGAAAAGCUGUUUGGUAGCGGAGUUCUAAAAGUCCUCUGUUGUACUGCGACACUCGCUUGGGGUGUCAACUUGCCAGCUGCAGCUGUCAUCAUUAAGGGAACCCAAGUAUACAGUGCCCAAGAUGGUAAGUUUAUUGACCUGGGUAUUUUGGACGUCCUUCAGAUCUUUGGUCGUGCUGGUCGACCUCAAUUUCAGGAUACUGGUAUUGGCAUGAUAUGUACCACUCAGGACAAACUUGCCCAUUAUCUUCAAGCAGUCACUUCUCAAGUUCCGAUCGAGUCCCGCUUCUCGAAGCACAUGGGGGACAAUUUGAAUGCCGAGAUUGCUCUGGGGACGGUCACUUCUGUACCAGAAGCAGUUCAAUGGCUUGGCUACUCCUACCUCUUCGUGCGAAUGCAGCGAAACCCUCUGACGUAUGGUAUCGAUUGGUCUGAGAUUCGAGAUGACCCCACGCUCGUUCAGCGCCGUCGGUUGCUGGUGAUACAGGCAGCAAGAACCCUCCAGCAGAGCCAAAUGAUUAUCUUCAACGAAACAACCGAGGAGCUUCGAAGCAAAGAUGUUGGGCGAAUUGCCAGUCAAUACUACAUCCUCCAUACAAGCAUUCAGAUCUUUAAUACCAUGAUGAAGCCCCUCUCCAGUGAAGCGGAUGUGCUGAAGAUGAUUGCUAUGAGUGGAGAAUUCGACAACAUCCAGUCCAGGGAUAAUGAGUCCAAAGAGCUUACAAAGCUUAGAGAAGAAUCAUCUCCGUGUGACGUUGGAGAGAAGAAUGAUUCACCACAAGCAAAAACAAAUAUCUUACUUCAGUCUUACAUUUCUCGAGCAUCAUUAGAGGAUUUUGCACUCGGCAACGAUUCGAAUUAUAUUGCACAGCAAUCAGCCCGAAUCUGCAGAGCGCUCUUCAUGAUCGCGCUCAAUCGGCGUUGGGGACAUCAAUGCCAGGUCUUGUUAUCCAUGUGCAUUUCCAUUGAAAAGAGGAUAUGGGCUUUCCAGCAUCCUCUACAUCAGUUCGAACUGGCGAAGCCAAUCUUGAAUCAACUCGACUCCAAGAAUGGGAUUUCGAUAGAAACCUUGCGAGACAUGGAUGCCGCAGAGAUUGGUGCCCUGGUUCACAAUCAUGGAGCUGGGAAAACAAUUUCGAAGAUCCUGGACAACUUCCCAACAAUUAGUGUGGAUUCCGAGAUCGCCCCUCUGAAUAGAGAUGUACUGAGAAUUCGCUUGUUCCUAACACCCGACUUUCGAUGGAACGACAAGUACCAUGGCACCUCGGAAAGCUACUGGAUAUGGGUCGAGAACUCGGAAACCUCAGAGAUCUACCACCAUGAGAUGUUCAUUCUUAGUCGGAAGAAGCUUUACGACGACCAUGAAUUAAACUUCACCAUUCCGUUGUCUGAUCCAUUGCCGACCCAGAUCUACGUGCGAGCUGUGUCAGACAGAUGGCUAGGAGCUGAGACUGUCCACGCUGUUUCAUUCCAACACUUGAUUAGGCCUGAUACAGAAAGCGUGUACACAGAUCUGCUAAACCUCCAGCCCCUGCCCAUCACUGCUCUCAAGAAUCCUGCAUUGGAGCAGAUAUACGGUCAGCGAUUCCAGUAUUUCAAUCCCAUGCAGACGCAAAUAUUCCACUGCCUCUACCACACAUCAGCAAACGUGCUACUGGGCUCACCCACUGGCUCUGGUAAGACAAUUGCCUGUGAGCUGGCUAUGUGGUGGGCUUUCCGAGAGAAGCCAGGCUCAAAAGUCGUUUAUAUUGCCCCCAUGAAAGCCCUUGUGCGUGAGCGAGUCAAGGACUGGGGUGCGAGACUUACGAAGCAAAUGGGACUGAAGCUUGUAGAGUUGACUGGAGACAACACGCCGGACACCCGCACUAUCCGAGAUGCAGACAUCAUCAUCACUACCCCAGAGAAAUGGGACGGUAUUUCCAGAUCUUGGCAAACAAGAGGAUACGUAAGACAAGUCAGCCUUGUCAUCAUCGAUGAGAUCCAUCUGCUUGGAGGAGACCGUGGUCCGAUUCUAGAGAUCAUCGUCUCGCGUAUGAAUUACAUCGCGGCACAAUCGAAGAACUCCGUCCGAUUGAUGGGCAUGUCAACUGCCUGCGCAAAUGCCUCAGACCUUGGGAAUUGGUUGGGUGUCAAAGAAGGCUUGUUCAACUUCCGCCAUAGCGUUCGUCCAGUGCCACUGGAGAUCUUCAUCGAUGGUUUCCCUGAAGUCCGCGGAUUCUGUCCAUUGAUGCAGUCAAUGAACAGACCCACGUUCCUUGCCAUAAAGACUCACAGUCCUGAUAAGCCAGUCAUCGUAUUUGUAGCUUCCCGCCGGCAGACAAGGUUGACAGCAAAGGACCUGAUAAACUACUGUGGCAUGGAAGACAACCCUCGAAGAUUCGUAAAGAUGUCGGAAGAAGACCUUCAACUAAAUCUUACUCGGGUAAAAGAUGACGCAUUGAAGGAGGCUCUCAGCUUUGGGAUUGGAUUGCAUCAUGCUGGUCUCACAGAAUCGGAUCGUUCCCUGGCCGAGGAGUUGUUCGCAAACAAUAAGAUUCAGAUUCUAGUGGCAACUGCCACCUUGGCAUGGGGUGUCAACUUGCCAGCUCACUUGGUUGUUGUCAAGGGUACACAAUUUUUCGAUGCCAAAACUGAAGGCUAUAAGGACAUGGAUCUCACAGAUGUUCUUCAGAUGCUUGGUCGUGCAGGUCGUCCCCAGUUUGACACUUCCGGUAUCGCUCGCAUCUUCACCCAAGACUCAAAGAAGGCUUUCUAUAAGCACUUCCUACAUACUGGUUUCCCCGUUGAAUCUUCUCUACACAAUGUAUUGGAUAAUCACUUGGGCGCCGAAGUGUCAGCCGAAACCAUUACCACUAAACAAGAUGCUCUUGAUUAUCUCACUUGGACAUUCUUCUUCCGCCGACUGCAUAAAAACCCUUCUUAUUACGGCUUGGAAAUCUCAGCCGAAGAACACAAUACCAUCUCUGCUCAGCAAUCAGCUAACGAUUACAUGAUAUCAAUGGUCGAUAAAUCCCUCGGUGAGCUGGCCGAAUCCAAAUGUUUAGAGAUGUAUCCAAAUGGAGAUGUCGACUCGACCCCACUUGGAAAGAUCAUGAGUUACUACUAUCUGUCCCAUAGAACGAUUCGCCACCUUGUCAAGCAUGCGACCCGCAACGCAACCUUCACAGAUGUUCUUUCUUGGAUGUCAAGUGCAACAGAAUAUGAUGAGCUUCCAGUCCGUCACAAUGAAGACCUCAUAAACGCGGAACUUGCCAAGAAUUUACCACUAUCCAUAAAAGCUUUUGGAGACCUGCCUCUUUGGGACCCGCAUGUCAAAGCAUUUUUGCUCCUUCAAGCCCACAUGUCUCGCAUCGACCUACCGAUAACCGAUUAUGUGGGUGAUCAGACUAGUGUUCUCGACCAAGCAAUCCGUGUCAUCCAGGCCAGCAUCGAUGUCCUUACAGAGAUGGGAUUCUUGUCAAGCUGCAUGCAGAUGAUCACUCUCCUUCAGUGCAUCAAGUGUGCUCGAUGGCCUACUGACUACCCUCUGUCAAUACUAUCAGGAGUUCCCGUUAAUCAACCCCCUGAAAAAGAUCUGCCUUCAACCCUGCAGGACUUCUCAGCCGAAUCAGAACUUGCGUAUCAGCGCACAGUGGCCAGUCUGGAUGUACCGCGCCACAACUCAGCAGCUUUUCAGAAAGGUGCAAAGGCAAUCCCAUGUCUCAAAGUAGACGUUCGGGACCUGACUGCUUUAUCAAUAACGGUGGUUCUUACCCGUCAGAACCUUCUCGGUCCAGAUGGCAAGAUGUACGCGCCGCGGUUCCCGAAGUCUCAAACCGAGGGAUGGUUCGUAAUACUCUGCAAGGAAGAUAAAGACGAGAUCGUUGCCAUUAAGAGGAUCGGCUGGAAUCCUGGCGGCCCAGGUGACAAAGGAAAGACUGUAGGUGGGAGAAUCACUGCGAAAGCAGCAAUAAAGUUGCCUGUAGAGGAGAGUGGGCUGAUCAGUGAUGGGAGGAAGAUGGAUAUCUGGGUUGUGAGUGAUGGAUACCUUGGCAUGACCUACAAAGUCAAGGGAAUCGAAAUUCCUGACGCACCAAAGGUUGUCGAUGACGGCAAGAAGGAGAAGCCGCGUGAUGAGAGAGCUGGUGGAUCCUCCUCACAUAGAUCAUGAAUUUGCAACUUUUAACAGGUUUGAAUGGACGAUGGUAUCCUCGACUAGCUUCAUGGAUUGGAUCAUUCAACUGUACAUGUUAACAAACAACUUGUCUAGAUAUCAGCGAGCUCAUUUCAAGCUAUGCAUUUCUCAUGAUGGGUGGUAAAGCGAAGUUUUAGUUCCGCUAAUCGGGACCUGCUACUUUUGGUAAUUUUAGUUUACAAAUUCACGAGAAGCUUUUAAAGGAACACUUCAAAACAUGUCGAUAAUUGGUCCUUUCAUGUUUAGUUGUUGACAGUCAACUUAGCUUUGUAUACACGUUCGCAGAAAGUUUGAUACUUGACACUUACGAGUUUAGCCAUCCCAUAUCAUACUCAGUCUGUCAAUCCUAUAUCAUGUCCUCGUCAAGGACGAUUGUUAUCAUUGCCGGUGAAUAUGCUAGAGCAAUCUGCCCAUAAAUCAAUCAUUUGACCACAUCCAAAGAUCCAGCCGUGAACUCAGCACCAAACCUACUCAAUGUAACACCCCACAGGGUAUCACGUUCUUCUGCUCAGGUAUGUCUGACGCGGCAGUCGUUACCAUUCUCUCGACUUCCUAGGUUCUGUAACGACAAUCUAACUUUGACGUGGCCUCCGAGUUAUUCAUCACCUUAGCUCUCGAGUACAUCCAAGAAUUUCACCACCCAUUAACAAUGCCGAGCCCAAACUCGUACAUCUCAAGGAUAUCGGAUAACCGAAAGGAGACUGUGCUAAAUUGGGAAAUUGACACAGCCGAGAAAUUUGCUUCGAUGAGACGAUCCACCAUUGUUUAGGAUUUGGGGCGAGCUUCAGCAGCUCUAUGUCUGAUAUUGUCGACAAAACAUAGUAAUUAAUUAUUGACACUCAACAUCUACGGCCGGAAGCGCGUUGACGUUUGGGACACAAACAUUGUCCGAAAUCCUUACCGUAAGCAACGCUCCUGCUGUCCGAUCUCGCAAAUUGCAGCAUUAAAAAACCGUAAGAGGAGGGGUAUCAGAGUUCUAGAAUUCGACCAUGCUCCUAGAGAAGCAAAAGGUACAAACCGAGGGGUAGUACUAGAAUUAGUAAAUGAUUACUUAUCCUGGUCACUAUACAAUACUAAUUCCUACACAACUAGUACUGCUGGGAUCUAUAUCUACACUUGUUGCCACAUGUGUUGUGUAAUCAUUCCAACUGAGUAAGCAAGACAACUAACUGUCUUGGAACUUACAUGUCCUUUUGCUUAUAUUAUCAGCCAAGAGGUAAAAGUGGACGUUUUGAAUGGGGAACAUUGAUUUAACCAAGUCCGAUACUUGAGUUGCGUCGAUCACAAGGGCGGUAAUACGUAUAGUAAGGCGCAUCUGAUAUGUAUACCACUUGUGAUACAGGUCAGACCAAUGUGCAAAUUCUAAGAAAUCAAGACAGCAUAUAUAAACAUUCAAGUUCAGGCAUAAGUCUCUCAUCGGCCGAAGUACUUGAUAAGAUGGCAAAAUGCCCAAGCCAUUUGGUGAAAUAGUCGCCGAUAUGCGAAUAAAAUCGCACAUUACGGCUAUCAUUCACUACGUAACAUUUCAACGACUCGCUUUAUCGAACAUUUGCUUCCUCCUUUGAGGAGCCAAGCGUGUCGGAUGCGUCAGUCCGCGUAACGGAAUUCCGCCGUAACGAGUAGACAUGAGCCUGGUAUUUUGUAAGCAAUAAGUAUACACCAGCCAAGAAACAUCAGCUUACCCUUCCCAGUUCACACUACCCACCUAAGGUAUCGGAAAAAUGUACCAGUCGAGCAAGGAUCUCGGGGUUAUGACAAUCCCCAUUGCCGCAAUGCAGGCUACUGACACCCCACUUAGUGGAGAUGUUGGUUGAUGUUGAGCAGGGCUGUAGGGGGACUUGAUGGGAUUCUGGACUUUCCAAAUUCUGUACUCAGGUUCUCCUUGUGUAUUGAUUCUUCCCUCCGAGCAGAGCGAAGACGUGGAUGAUGGUAUCGCCGAGACCCACGGAGAUAGUCGUCUUCUGUGCAUUAAGAGGUCAGAUCGAAGGGCAAAAGUGUUGAAAGUCGGCAGACAGAUCGAGUCAAUGAUGAAGAUCGAGAUACAAGAGAUCAAGAUCCGAUCCCUGGUGUGUACCAAACAUCUUGACAUCAUGAAUAUCCUUGGGCAUAGUGCCGCCUAAGCAAUAGACAGGACUAAGUAUCAAAGUAAUUCCAGUUACAGAUAAUGCAGGGACAUCUCCAACAUCUCCAUUUAGGCUUGAUGAAUGAUCUGAUGGGUGUGAUCUCAAGCUUUGCGGCGACAGGAGGCACGAUCUGGAGUGCAAGUUGGAUUAUAUUAUGAUUAAGGUACAUCUGCAUGGGGAUAUAAGGCUGACGCCAAGGACCUGAAUGUUUUUCGAGAUGAGUGUCGAAGGGAUGGAUGACUAGAUUAUUAGACAGAGAUAUGGAUGGAAUCGAUGCCAAAGGCCCCCACCAAUUUCGGGGGCUGAUAAGAUGCAAGCAGAGUCUAAAUGCAGAUACCAGGAAAUAUGAUUGGAGGGACUCGAUGCUGGUAUGCAAGAAUAUACAUUGAUGCCCUCACUAGGCCAGUCACCUCCACCCAGACAUACCUAAAGGCCGGCAUUCUCGGUACGAGCCGUCUGAAGCGAAUCACUGCGCCAAUUGUCAAGCAAGUCUGUUCAUAACCUUCGAUCGAUCAAAGGAGUUGCAAAUACGACACUUGCACUUGCUCUAGCAGAUGAUGACUAUCUCACCCCAGUAGUAUCAUGCAACAGUCGUUGCACUGCACUUGCUUGAGCUCUCGCUAAGCGCAUGACCAAAAUGGAAAAUGCUGAGCUCGCCUGGAAACCCCGGAGCGCCGGAAGGAAAACAAGUAAUUUGUCUUGCCGAGAUAUUGUUGUGUGGAGAGUAGUAAGGAAGGUUGCUAGCUGGCUGGCGUUUUUAUCUGGUGCUCUCUUUCAAUACCGUAAGUGACAUGCCGAUUAUGGAUACAUCUCGCCGCGUCGGGGCGUAAUUAUGACAAGGCGCCGAGGGUUUUCCGAGUCAACAACCAACCUGACCUUUUCGUUAUGCGGACUGUCGUGUGUGGGUUCACGGGGAAAUGGGCUGGGCCAAGGUAAAUUUGAAUCUACUUCGUUUCCCAAUAAUGCCCGUUCGUUCUUCGUGAAGCAGUGCUGAGUAAGUGCUGAGACUUCCUCCCGUCCACAACAGCCUGGAACGAUUGGCUAAUAGAAGACCUCGAUUCGACAUAGAACAACAUGGGGAGGUAUGGCAGCGGCAGCUCCAUGCACGAUCUCGUAAGCAGCAACAGGGAGGAGGAGGAGGAGGAGGAGGAGGAGGAGGAGGAAGAGGUUGGGUCUUGGUCGUCCAAAGUUCAGAGUCCAAAGUCCAGCGUAAAAGCCGAAAACAUUAGAUUGAUAUGUCAGCAGUAACAAACGAGCCGAGAAUUCCACCACUUCGACUCGGGGAUGUAGAACAGGCCAAUCGCAGAGCAUGCAUAGUAUAGAAUCGAGCAAGCUCCCGCAGCCAUGGAAAACAUCAUUGCUGCGUAUCGUAUCGUAUCGUAUCGUAUCGUAUCGUAUCGUAUCGUAUCAU